CAGUUCUUCCUCAGUUUAAUCCACAAACACCAUUAACGAAAAACAUAGGAGAAGGACAGGAACUGAGUGUGCCUUGUACUGCUAUUGGUCCACCAACACCCAACAUCACGUGGAUACAGAUAGAAGGUCACGUGGUCAUGAGUACAGGAACAGGAAGUGCUACACUGAGGAUACCAAACAUUAGAAGAGAUCAAAAUGGGACGUAUGAGUGUCAGGCUGGCAACAACCCUAAUGAGAGACCGGUCACUUUACAGGCUAUGGUAGCAGUGUGCUAUCCUCCUCACAUCACUGUUGCUCCACCAAAUAUCACAGUUGUACAAGGUGAUGAGAUCGUACUCAGCUGUACAGCAGAUGGUUAUCCACCACCAUCCAUAUCAUGGACAAAGGCUGAUGGUGUCAUCAAAGCUGGUCACACAGUAGCUGGGGGAACACUUAGAAUACCUGAUGCUAUCAAAACAGACGCUGCCAAGUACAUAUGUACAGCAAAGAACACCUAUGACAGCAGGGAACACACUGACAGUGCAACUGCCACUGUGAUAGUAAAAUGCAACUUAUGUAACGCUAAAUCCAAGUAUGAG